GGUGAAUUUUUCCGUUUGGCCGAAAAUGGUCACCCAUCGGUAAUAAAGGCAUAUCCAGUCUUAGAUCUGUAGUGACUGGUCAGUGGCAGUCAGUGGUAUUCCAUACAUUUUGAGGAAGAUGCUAUAAGGGUUAAGAAUGGCUUAUGUUACAUAAACAAUUAUUUACCAAUUUAAUACUUAAUGAAUGUUUUAGUAUUAUACAAUAUAAUGUAUAACAAAAUGUUAAAUAAAGAUUAAAUAAAAAAAUACAAGAAUAAAAGAAAUCAAUAGAAUGGAGGAACAAAGUAUUUUAACAUCUAAAGCAUAUAAGCGUGCUGAGGCAAAUUUAAAGGACAAAUUGAGACCAACAUUUUUAAAACAUUACCCUCAUUAUUUAGUACCUGGUUAUAAUUUACAUAAUAAUUUGAUUUUGGAUGAGGCAGAUUUAGAAAAUAUUAUAGAACAGUAUCAAGAUUAUCCUUAUCACUGUGAUUUACCAAAACCUUUAUUGCCACCUGCUAGAUUACCUAGAAGUGUACUAAACGAAGAAGAUCCUGUAUUGGAAUUGGUUACGCUUAAAAAUCAUAUAAAUAAUGAUAUAAAAAGGAUGAAACAGUAUUAUUCUAAACAUGAAAAAGAACUAAGAUUAAUAUAUAAGAAGGAUGUAAAGUGGACUUCUACUAAAGAUGCAGUUACUACAAAAAUACCCAAGUACAUAGCAGAUUUAGCAGAAACAAUGGACAAGGAUCCAGAUCCUUAUUUUGAAGGGAUUUAUAAUUGGUACUAUACUGGUGGCACUGUAGAUUAUGUGCAAUUCCACAAUAUAAAUAUUUUACUUUUUCCGUUUAUGGGAGACUUAGUAAGUGUACCUGUUGUAAAUGAAGAGGAAUAUUUGUGGAAACCAUUGUUACAGAAGGCAGCUAAAUGUGAACUUGAAGGUUCAUUAUAUGAAUUAAAACAUAAUAUUAAUGCUAAUGCAUGUAUGAUUUUGGGCAGAUACAAGCAUAAUUGUAAUUUUUAUAUGCUAUAUGAGCGCGAUAACAAACUACGCUUUACUGAAAUUCAUACACAGCCAUCAGCAGUUCCUUAUGUUAGUGCAGACUUACAUUUAAUUAAUAAAAAUCAAUAUUGCACAGUGAAUGUAGAAAGAUCUGUAACAUUAUGGGAUAUAACUAAAAUGCAACAUAUAAGUAGUUAUAAUGUAUUCCAGACUACUGUAGUAGAUGAUUUAUGGGCAAAUAUAAAGUUUCAGUUAAUGGAUCCAGAUGUUAUUUUAUAUGUGGAUAGGUGUUGUCUUCAUUAUCUUGAUACUAGGGUUCCAUUCGAAAGACCCGUAUUAACAUUAUGCCCAAAAUCUAAUUUGGAAAAGUGUGAAAAUCUUUCAUUAGAUAUUGCAAGUAGAAAUAGUUUCUGUAGAUAUAUUGGAACUUAUCAUAGUCUUUUAAUGUGUGACAAUCGUUCGCCUAAACAAUGCGUUCAACAAAAAUGGACACAUCAAUUUAAAGGUCCACCGCUUAUAGGUCAUGCUUUGAAUAGAGAUGACAAGGAAUUUGUUAUGCUAUCUAGUCAAAUAUCUGGGGAAAAUAGGAUAAUUUUAAAUACAUGGACGAGCAGUGAGAUUUCGCACUCGUUUAAUUUUCCAUUUACUCCUCCCCCAGUUAUGGAAACGCUGAAUGAAUCUCAAAUGCGGGGAAUGUGUUUGAAUCCAUAUUUAAGAGACAGGUUUGAAUUAAGCAAUAGUGGCUGUUAUAUGAUCAAAAAUAGCGCGGAAAAUAUAUUUCUAUUCUUUCAAAAUUCUAUUGGCGAUAUAUUUUAUCAAUCUAUAACACAUGAUACUGCAUUGAACACUUAUUCACUGGUAAACUGUAAGUCAUAUUACUUAUUGAAUGAUUGGGAAAAUGCAGUAUCUACACAACCAGAUACCAUAGUACCCCUUACAAUUUCCGAUAAAUCAAAUAUGGAACAUAUUAUUGGGUGUUUCACCGAUAAGAACUUACAGUUAAAAAAUACGAACUAUAAUUCAGAUAAUGUUGAAGUGGGUUGGAAGCAAUCUCUUGAACAAUUAAACUCUUACACAGAUCUGUUAGCACCAGAACUUUUAGCCGUAUGGGAAAUAUGUGAAGAAGUUCCAAUUUCUUUAACAGCAGCACCUCAUGAAAAAGUUUUAAGUUGGUUGCAAACAACAGAAACAAAAUCACAAGUAUUAUCUCAAGAAAAGUUAGAUAACGUAGAAACACCAAUUAGUAGCCAAGAAUUAAUAAGCGUGAGUCAGGAAGUGGAUAUAACUCAGUUGGACGACAGUAACGUGUUACAAGAGAUGUUUUUACCGAAAGUUAAAACUUCACGUUCUAGAAAGAAGCAAAACACGCGAAAGAAAUAAUAACACUAUUUCGAUAUAUGAAUUACUUGUUUAUUUAUUUAUAGUAAAAAUUGUACAAUAAUUACAUGUAAUAUGCAUCGACAAAAUGAAUGAACAUGUUGAUAAUAAUUUA